AUGUUUGAUGUAAUUUUAAUAAAAUCGAUUAAUAUUUACCAAGAGAAAAACUAUAGUAAGAAAGUAAUAAAAACAAAUAAUAAGUUAAAAAAAAUAUACUUAUUUUUUAAUUAUUUAUUCUUUCUUGAAAAGUAGAUUUUUUGUAAAUAAUAAUCAAUAUAAAUUAGCAUGAUUUAGCUGUUAGUCCUUUUAGAAGUUUUGAGAGACUUUACAUAAGUACUUAGAAUUAUUACAUUAGCAUUAGGUAAUUGUUCAGGGCCAGUGUUAAGUUAUACUUUUGUUAUAAUUUCAGACAUAUUAUCACUUGAUUUUACAUCACAUUUUUAAGUACCUUUUAUGACUAUGAUGACUGUGCAUUUUAUUAUAAUGAUACUAUGCGAAAUCUAUGUCAUAUUGGCCUCAAUAUUUGAUAAAAAAAGAAUGGCUGAGGUUAGAGGAGUUGGGACUACAUAAGAAAUUUUAAAUAGGAAGUAAAGAAAAAUUUAUGAUACUACUAUAGUUUUUAUUUUAACAAGUAUUUUUAUGCCUUUAAUGGAUGAGAGUUUGAAAGUAUUCUUAAAUCCAAAUGAUGUUUUAGAUAAUGAAUAAGUUCUGUUAGCAUAAAUAUUUAGCGGAAUAUCACUUUUUUUUAUGCUUUUAUUAAACCCAUAUUUAUUUAUUAGGGGAAUUAGAAUGAAUAAAUAACUCCAAACAUUAUAUAAUCAUAAUGGAGAGAUAGUAGAUUACGAUGUAGAAUUCAUCCCUUAAUCAAUAAAAUUAUAAUAUGUAGAUUAUAAGAAUUUUGCAGCUUUAAGCAAUCUAUACAACUAUAAUGGAAGCUAUCAUAAGUUACUAGUUAUGGUAUAUAAGUUUAUGCUUAUCCUUACAUUCUAGUUCCUAACUAAUCCUUCUUCUAAUUUAGUAGGAUUUAUUUGCUAGUACAACUUAGCCAUACCAUGA